UCAUUGGAAAGGCUAUACAUGAUCGCAGCAAACUGAUAAAAGAAUUACAAUAACAAAUGUCGACUGUCGAUGCACCGGAAUGGGUAAAUCAGCAUCUUUUUAGUGGUCUACUAAAAAAAAAUUAUAAUGAUUUUGACACAAUCCAAAAGUUUGAAUGCACCGCCGCGAUUAGCGGCGGGGAAAACUAUCUGACAGUUGUGCUGCGCAUCGGCAUUGUGAUGCGACUAAAAGAUAAAAGCACCAGAGAUAUGAGUUACAUUUUGAAAAUACCAUUGGUCAAUGAUCGUGGCGAUGAGCACGAUUUCCAUGAUUUGUUUGUCACGGAGGUUGAUAUGUACGAGCGUCUAGUGCCCGAGAUGGAAGAGCUCUAUGCCCGGCAUACAAAACUGGCGGUGCGGUUUAAGCCAACGCAUCUGAAGUUCACCGAAAACUCGCCAAACUGCGACUACAUACUGAUGGAAGAUCUGCGCAUGCAGGGCUAUAUAAAUCUGGAGCGCAUGUUUGGUCUGGGUCAAACGGAAAUAAAGGCAGUUCUCAAAAAGUUGGCUCAAUGGCAUGCAGCAUCCGCCCAGAGAGUAGUAGAGCUGGGAGACUAUGAAGAAAAGUAUCAAAAGAGCUACAUUUCGCCCGAGAGUUACAAAUGGAUAGAGCAAGCAAAUGUUACAUUUAAUGUGCCCUUUUUGGAGUGCCUGCAGCUGUACAAUCUGGAGCCGGGUCAACAGCAGUUGAUAACCAACUACACAGAUCGCAUGACGGACUUGUAUAUGGAUUUUGGCCGCAUUAAUAAAACCGAAUUUAAUGUGCUCAAUCAUGGAGAUUUUUGGUGCAACAAUUUUCUCUUCCAAUUGAAUUCGGGCAUGAUACAGGACAUUUGUUUUGUGGACUUUCAAUUGCCGAAAUAUGGCACACCCGCCCACGACUUGUUCUGCCUGUUGAUGACAACACCAAAUAUUCACAUUAAAUUGGAGAAGUUCGAUGAUUUCGUAGAGUAUUAUCAUCGAGAGCUUGUAGCACAUCUGGAGCUGUUGAAAUAUGCCAGAAAACCGCCCACAUUAACGGAAUUGCAAACGAAUCUUCGCAAAAAUAGUCUAUGGGCAUUUGUAUGCGCUCAGCGAAUGUUGCCCGUAACACUGUUUCCCCCCAGUCCGGAUUCGAGCAUUGCGAACUUUAUGGGCGACUCGGAAACGGCUAUGAACUUUAAGCGUAAAAUGCUUUUAAAUCCCAGUUACGUUAGGCAAAUCAAACUGAUAUUACCCUGGCUUAUGGAAAGAGGCUAUAUUACCUAAAUACACAAAGGAACUCCGACUCCCAAUCGACGUCUUAUCCAAAGCCCAUAUUCUAUACCAAUAAAAGUAAUACUAAUAAUUAUUAUAUUAUUAUAA